AUGUCAUUGGAGUCAACCAUCACCAUGAGCCAAAGAAAUGGAUGGGAUCCGGCCAACACGCGGAUCUUCGACGUGUACAUCCAGGAUGGCAGCGCAUCGGAGCCCGGACCGCAUCAGCUAGAGGAUGUAUUUGCAUACAGCACCGCAGGUGCCACCGUGGUGAGCAGCGUGGCGACCACGAGCCCGGAGAGCGCGAGUGCGAGCGCCAGCACCAGUACCAGCGAGAGUGACGUGGGAAGUGACAUGGACGACGCGUCGCUUGUUAACACCGGCGCCGGCCGGCGCGUCAGCCUUUCGCCCGCGUCGCUGGCGCAUCGCUACGUGCCGCGGCCGCACGUCAAGCCGCCCAGGCUGGAUCUGAAUUCCAGCGGCGGCCCGGCCCACGGGCCGGGCGCGUCGCAGGCGCAGAUGCAGGGACAGGGCCCGGGGAAGGCGCAGGCGCUCUCCAUGCACAUGAACGCGCGGGCCGCGCUGCCGCUGUCGAUGCAGAGGCGACCUGAGGCGCUGACACACACAGCGCCGGUGCCAUACGGUUCGGCGCCCAGCUCGGCGCCAGCGGGUAUGCAUGCGCUAGCGAACACCGACAUCUGGUCUUCGCCCGUUGAAAACGCAUUUUUGGCAGCAUUACGCAUCAUCAUGAAGAACGGCACGUCGAAGAUCAAGCUGCGCGACCGCAACUACGGUCGUAACGAGCUCAUAUCGCUGUUCAUCCGCCACAACGUCGGAGAGCAUCGCACGAAAAAGCAGAUUUCGUCGCAUAUACAAGUGUGGAAAAAAUCCAUUGUCAGCAAGCUGCAGAAUAACCUCGAGCUCUCGCCGUACGAACGCGAGCUGCUCGAGCUCAUCGAGAACGGCGCGCGCCAGACGCAGGAAAACAAGAUUCUGUUCAACAAGGUGUUCUGCGAGAUCCUGGACGCUACAGACGCCAGCAGCGUGCGCGGCGGUGGCGGUGGUGCGGGGCGCGUGGUCACGAAUCCGCCCGUGGCGCCUGCGGCGCCAACGGCCGUCCCAGUCCCCGCCGCUGCCGACUAUACGGCCAUGGAGCACGCGAUCGAGCCCCCAAUGGACCACAACAUGCACCACGCAGGUCGCCCGCUUGUGAGCGCGCCCGCCCGUUUUUCGGACUCGGCCGUGGAAGUCGUUCGCGAGCCCCAGACCCCGCUCGAGUACGCGAAGCGUGUGUACAGCAAUCUGAGGUCGUACAAGUGUGUUCCCGUCAACAUGCAGGAAUACGCUCCGCACCACCAGGCGCCCACGCCAGUUUCAGCUUUGGCGGAACCGGUAGACAUGUCCGUUGGCGCGUUGCCAACGAGCACACCCGACUCUGGCGCGCUGCAGGCAGCCAAAGAAGUGGAAAUGCAGCAGCGCCGCCUCAUACAGUCUCUGUACGCCACGCCGGGAUCGUCUGACGUCCAUCGCAGUUUCGUUGGCGGGGAUCCCACGGGUAGCGACGCAAGGCAAGUGCCACAUCAUCAGCAGAUGCAUACGCCCUACCUCAUGCCCGCGCAAUCUUACAGCAGCAGCUCUGAGACCUUUACAGGCGAAUAA